AUGCGUAAAAUGUACAUACGGUGUUUUCGUCAGACGUGUCGGUUCAUAUCAUAUCUUUCUGACAGAAAAUGCAUAAUAAUUGAUGCUUGUAAUUCUGUUUUACUAUCUAAGAUUGUCAAUAGAGUGAAUAAAGCAAAAUGCUUCACAGUCCUAGUGGACGAAACGGCUGACAUAGCUGGAAUUGAACAAGUUUCCAUUUGUGCCCGCUAUGUGGAUCUAGAAACACGUACAUUGCAUGAAGAUUUUCUUCAGUUUGUUCCAACAACUGAUUUAACUAGUAAAGGAUUAGCUACCUUGAUACGGAACAACUCAAAACAUUUUGGACUCGAAACACAGUGUCUACGUGAGCAAGGUUUUGACGGAGCGGCUGCAAUGUCGGGGAAAUAUAAUGGUGUUCAAUAUUAUGUUAAACAAGCUCAUCCACUAGCCGUUUAUAUUCAUUGUUCGGCCCAUUCUCUCAACAUUUCUGUCUCUUCAUCAUGUGGUAUUCAAAUAUGA